CCUAACCGGCCCCUGAAAGGUAGGGCAGGCUCUCACCGCCUAAAUUUGAUGGAGACAUCACAGGGCGGUGAGCUGAAUCCUUGUACAAUACUGCCUGGCAGAAAAGAAAAAAAGUGCCCCUCUAACUGCACUGCGCAUUCGCUUGGUUUAGGACGCCUGGAAUGAAUGAUGAGCUCCAUGCGGCAGACAUAGUGGAAUGAUCUGAGAUUUCUCCUCUUUUCUCCUCUUCAAUCGCAAAGCAAACACUUAGAUUCGGCAUGGGAGGGAAGCGCAAGCGCGGCGCCAACAAGGCCGGUGGCGUAAGCGGACAGCCGUCCCAGAAGCGCUCCAAACCCGACGAACCUGCUACCAAUGGCGCUCAAUCAACACCCCUUGACCUCGACAAUUCGCCCUUCGCAGACGAGAACACCGGCGAGAACCGUAAACGCGAAGCUAAGAUUUAUGACCUUCUAGGAAGCCUCGAUAACGACGAGCGUCUCGCUGCCGCCGAUGCAUUGAUCACAGGCUUGCUCGCUGGUUCCGAGCCCGCCCUGAAAAGGCACCUCGAAAAGCGACUGUUUCGUGGCCUCGCCAGCUCUCGCAAUGCGUCCCGUCUCGGUUUCAGCCUUGUUAUCACUGAGAUUCUGCGACAGCUGUUCGGCUCAUCGGACGUAGCCAGCACCAAAUUCCCGGGCCUUACAUUUGAUAAAGUCCUGAGUAUACUGGUUGAUGCGACGUCAAUUGGUGGGAACGUCCCUGGCCAGGAAGAAAGAGAUUACUUCUUCGGCCGAUUGUUUGGUAUACAAUGCUUUGUCGAAGCCAAGAUCCUGUUCGCAGACAGCACACGAUGGCCUAAACUCCUAGAGUUGCUACUAGACAUGGCGCAGAAAAAGGUCUGGAUUCGAUCACACUGCGGUUGGGUCAUAGUGGAAUGCCUUCCCCAGAUGGGACAAGAAAGAGCAGAAGCCGCACUUCGGGGAUUUGCCGACCAAGGUUUGGGAAAGACUGCCGAGGGGGUCGGCAUUUGGCUGCGUGCUCGAAGCUGCUAUCCGGGCAUUAAGCUCCCAGCGAAACCCUGGGUCGAUCCUCUAAGCCCUGUUUCUCUACCCGAAGUCGCUCGGGUACUCAAAGAAAACGUCGCAAACGAUAACGGAGAGGAUGCAGCAGUGCCUAAGCUAAAACAAAGCAACUGGACAGCACAGCUACACUUUGUUUGGGACCUGAUUCUGGCGACAUUAUUAGAAUCGAGCGCUACGGAUAAGAAGUCUACGAAAGAUCAAGUAAAACUUUUCUGGACGACCGUCAUUGAUGAUGGACUAUUCUCCAAGAAUGCUUCAGACGGCCAAAAAUUCCGCGGCUUUAUGCUAUUUCAGAAAUACAUCCACGGUCUGGCUUCUGUAGAUAAGUCCUUGGUCAAAGAGCUCUUCACACGUAACUUGAUGAAGUGUUUAAUCAAUCAGGCAGCCAAAGAAGAUCGCUAUCUUCACCGCGCCGCUUUAAAAACACUACAGUCGAUGGAGAAGGCAGUGGAGACGCAUCCUGAGCUACUGGUCAUUAUUCUGAAAGAGCUCAUUGGAAAAUAUGGGCUUUAUGAUUUUGAUCAACGUACGGCUUCCAAGACAAUCGAGAAUCUACUGCAAUGGGUCACCCCAAAUAAUUCUAAGAAGGUGCUGAAGCUUCUUCGUGAACCUGUUAUGAAUCUAAAGGAUGUACCUGAAGAUGCUGAAAAGCUGCGACAAGCCUAUGCGGACUACAUUUUCAAGAUGACUGUCCAGGUGAAAAUGUCCGCAACCGAUUCUAAAGAUGCUGAUAGCAAAAGCGCUCUUGAGAUCGGUGUCAAAGAGCUUAUUUCCUGUGCAUAUUCCUUACAAGAAGAAUUUACCCCCCAGCCUUCAGACAAGACUAGGGAUAUAUUCCGCAACCGGCUUGCCUCAGCUUUCUCCAAAGUGGCCAAGCAAUCCCAAAAUGCUGAGUAUCUGUGCGAUGCUGUGAGAUCAGUGAAACCAACUGCUGUGGCAAUGAACAACGAGAUUGAGGUUAAACGCAAGGACGCCUUGAAAGCAAUGGCGAAACUUCUUGAAGUUUCCAAAAAAUCGGGCGAUAGUUCCGGCAAUCUCUCAACUGGUCUCGCUUUACUCUAUUCAGCUACCCUUCUACAGUUGUACAAUGGUGCACCAGACGCGUUCAGUAUCCUGGAAGAUAUUGAAGCCUGUUCCGAGAAGGUGAAGAGCAAGGAGGCCGGGGCGUCAGAGCUUCUUAUCGAGAUUCUUUUCGCUUUGAUUCCUCGGCAGUCUCCUAUGCUGCGUCAGAUUAGCGAACAGGUCUUUGAUGCGUUCGCAUCACAGAUAUCAUCUGAAGCUCUUCAACUACUCUUAGAACCAUUGGUAGCCGAAGAAAACUCGAAAGGCUACCAGGCGCUAUUUGAGAAUAAUGAAGAUGCCGACAUGGAAGACAUAGAAGAAUCUAAUUCAGGUAGCGAUGACGCGGACUCUGACGAAGACGAAAUAUCUGAAGUUGGCUCCGACGUUGAAUUCGUGACGCUUAAUGACGCUGAUACAAAGUCGGACGGAGACGCGGAGGAGGACCAAAAUGAAAACCAAGAAGAGAAGGAUGAGGAAGAAAACGAGGCUGAAGAUGCUGAUCUUGCUGCGCUUGACGAUGCACUUGCCAAAGUUCUCAACAGUCACCGCCUUGACAAGGACCAAGAGGCGGAGUCAUCUGAUAACGAUUCAGACAUGACUGAUUCGGAGAUGAUGGCAUUAGAUGAGAAGCUUGUCGAUGUUUUCAAGCAUCAGAUCAAGAACACAAAGCGCAAGAGUGAGAAGAAAGAUGCCAAAGAGUCUGUUGUUCUUUUCAAGCACAGAAUUCUAGAUCUGCUCAACAUAUUUGUUAAACAGGAAGCAUCAAACGUUUUGGCCUUCGACCUUCUUCUCCCACUCAUGGAACUCGUGAGGACGACGACUGUCAAACCUCUUUCUAAUAAAGCAAUGAAUAUUCUCACAGAUUUUUCGAAGGCGUCGAAAAAGAUCCGGAGUAAGGAUACCCAGGUCGAUACGGAAGCUCAAGUCACUCUAUUACUGAAGAUCCAUGAGGAGGCUUCGAAAGAUAUGUCCCAUGCUUUUGCCAAGGCUGCGUCGAUGGCAAGCUUGCUAAUCGCAUCUAGCCUAUGGGCUGCUGACCAAGAGAACAUCGAUCGCAUCAAUGCGGUGUAUGCGCAGACCUUUGCGGAUUGCCAAAAAGGGAAAAUCAAAAUCCAGGGUGCUUUCUUUUCAGACUGGAUUAACUGGGGCAUGGGUCAUGCCAACAAUCAAAACGCUGGAGAAUGAUAGAGAUUUUUUACGCAUAUUAAAACGAAAGUCUCGGAGGUUGUUUGUAGCUUAGGACAGAUACCCCUUUAUAUGUAUAUAUGCCAAAACGGAUUACUUGCUCUUAAUGACGAGGGUAUUACCUAUGUUGAUGAU